AGCAAAAUGCCCGACAUCAAGGAGAAUGUGCCCCCAAAAGAACCUGGCAGAGGCUCCUGCGAGCCCGAGACCUCAGAACCGACCCAGGAAGACGAGAACAGCUCCCAGGACAACCCUUCGCUACUUUCAGUUUCAGAUCUGACAGAGACAAUCAAUGAAGUUUCCAAGAUGAGCAGCGAGAUUGGAUUGAAUCGUGAUUUCCAUGGGGAGGAAAAUUUGCCUUCAAACAGUUCAGAAGGCAAGGUCAAGGAGACAAUGCACAAUGACUUUUGGGACCAUCUUAAGGAACAGCUAACAGCUACUCCCCCUGACUUCAGUUGUGCUCUCGAACUUCUGAAAGAAAUCAAAGAGAUCUUGCUGUCACUGCUGUUACCACGUCAGAACCGCCUGAGAAGUGAGAUUGAAGAAGCUCUGGACAUGGAGUUGAUCAAGCAGGAGGCAGAACACGGAGCCCUGGACGUCCCUUACCUUUCAAAGUACAUCCUCAACAUGAUGACUCUGCUGUGCGCUCCGGUCCGAGAUGAAGCCGUACAGAAACUCGAGAACAUCACCGACCCCGUUCGGUUACUGAGAGGGAUCUUCCAGGUCCUGGGCCUGAUGAAGAUGGACAUGGUGAACUACACCAUCCAGAGCCUGCAGCCACACCUCCAGGAGCACUCCAUCCAGCUGCAGCGGGCCAAAUUCCAGGAACAGCUCAACAAGCAGCCGAGUCUCCUGGACCACACCACCAAGUGGCUGACGCAAGCAGCGGCCGACCUGUCCACUCCACCCUCCGCGGCCCUUGACCCGCCUGACUCUUCCAACGUGGCGGGCCCUGCGCCAAGUGAGGCAGCCAGCAACUCGGAGCCCCUGAGCCCCACGAUGGUGCUGUCCCAGGGCUUCCUGAACCUCCUUCUCUGGGACCCUGAAAACGAAGAGUUCCCCGAGACCCUGCUGAUGGACAGAACCCGGCUGCAGGACCUCGAGUCCCAGUUGCACCAGUUAACCAUCCUGGCCUCGGUCCUGCUCGUGGCCAGCAGUUUCUCUGGCAGCGUUUUGUUUGGUUCGCCCCAGUUUGUGGAUAAACUGAAACGCAUUACCAAGUCCCUGAUGGAGGAAUUUAAGACCAGGCCUGAGGAGGCUAUGAAGACUGUGAGCGAGCAGGUGUCUCAGGAAAUCCACCAAAGCCUCAAGACCAUGGGCCUGGCUGCGCUGAGCAGUGAGAACACGUCCUCUCUGACAGGGCAGCUCGAGAACAUCGCCAAGAAGGAGAACUGCGUCCGCAGCGUCAUCGAUCAGCGGAUCCACUUGUUUCUCAAGUGCUGUUUGGUUCUUGGAGUGCAGCGAUCUCUGUUAGACCUUCCCGGAGGCCUCACCCUCAUUGAGGCAGAGCUGGCGGAACUGGGCCAGAAGUUUGUGAACCUGACACAUCACAACCAGCAGGUGUUUGGCCCCUACUACACGGAGAUCCUCAAGACCCUCGUCUCCCCCGCUCAGGCCCUGAGCGCCAAAGUGGAAUCUCUCUGA